GGAAAUCUUCUAUUCGAACCCUACUAUCCACCAGAUCCUGGAUGGUGUUAUCAAGGUCGUUGCCUGUCUGGAACACAUUACUUAUCGAUGCCUGACUGUAAUGUAUCAGGCACAGGUCAACAAAGAUCACCACAUCUUCCUCCAAAAGAUUCAACCGCAACAACAAGAAUCUCCAUCUAA